GUAUCAAAUAGUCUCUAAUUAUGGAGUCGCUAUUUAAGGAGGGUGAUGUGUUGAAGAACAAGAAGGUUAGUUAGUUAAAUCGGCAAGAGAGAUGAUGAUAUUGGACGCUAUCCACAAGUUUCUCAACAUGGUGGCUCCGCCCUUCACCUUCUUCACCUUGCUCCUCUUCUGGCCCCCAUACCAAAUCUUCAAGCUCUUCCUCUCCCUCUUGGAUUCCACUUCCCCGGAGGACGUCUCCGGCAAGGUCGUCGUCAUCACCGGUGCUUCCUCCGGCAUUGGUGAGCAUCUUGCAUAUGAGUAUGCCCAACGGGGAGCAUCGCUAGUUCUUGCUGCAAGGAGAGAGGGUAGCCUAAAUCAUGUAGCUAAUCGAGCUCGCGAGCUUGGUGCUCCAGAUGUUGCUGCAAUCCGGGCAGAUGUUUCCAUUGUAGACGAUUGUAGAAGGAUUGUUGAUCAAGCCAUAAGUCAUUUUGGACGCAUGGACAUUCUCGUCAAUAAUGCCGGGGUAACAUCAAUUUCGUUGUUUGAAGAGGUUCACGAUGUCACCUCUCUUCGAUCGGUCAUGGACAUUAAUUUCUGGGGCUCAGUUUAUAUGACUCGCUUUGCUAGCUCUCAUCUGAGAAAGACUAAUGGUAAAAUUGUCGUGAUUUCUUCAUCUGCGACAUGGUUAUCUGUACUGAGAAUGAGCAUUUACAACGCAAGUAAAGCAGCAAUGUCUCAGUUUUUUGAAACUGUUGAUGCUGAUUUGAGGGAUGCGCAAGUGAAUAUCAUUCCUAUAGGAAAGGUAGAGGGAUGCACAAAGGCAAUCGUGAGCGGUGCUUGUCGGGGAAAAAGGUACCUUACAGAGCCAGCAUGGUUCAAAGUGACACAAUGGUGGAAGGUAUUCUUCCCUGAAGUGGUCGAGUACUCACAUAUGCUCCUCGCUAUGUGCUCUGCGGCAGGAAGUUCACCCCUGGGGAAGAAAAUAUUGGGUUAUACUCGCAUCCAGAAGAUCCUGUACCCGAAAAAGGUUCGCGAGUUUGGACCAAAGUUUGAGUAUAUUUGUUGUUUGGGAAGCUUUUAUAGAAUUUUUGAGGUGCCAAGCAAUGACACCGGGCAAAAUGAUUCGAAGAACCCCUUUGAAGGAGAACGUAUCGCCGGAGAACCACCAACUGAUGAAAAUUUGGUUCAGUUUGAGGUUGGCCGUUGUCGAGGGAGCUUCGAUAAGAGUGCCAAAAUACUUCCAAACCUGGUUGCCAAACUUGCAGUUGCCAAGAAUGUACUUGCAAGAGAGACGGGAUGGGAUUCCACCGUAAAGAGAGGUGAGAGUAGACUUGGAGGAGAACGGUUUCCCAUCCCAAAGUGGUGGUUGGACAGAAUCAGUAAGUCCGCCGGAAGUAGAGGGUUGGCAGAGGCGUUUCCAGCUCUUCCAGUGGUGCAGUUGGUUACCGUGCUUUCUCCCCCAAAAGAAAUUGGCCAUCCUUGCAUGAAGAAGAUUGAUGACAGAGACCGGAAGGGAGUGCACGGAUAAAAUAUGAAGGGUAAUGGACGAGAGAACAUGCUUGAUGAGUAUGAGACGUCCCAUUUGGUUUAGAGUUUUGCUAUACCAAGAAUGAAUGUGCUUGUCAAAG